GAUAUGGAAAUUAAUAUGACAUUUUAUUCACAAUCAUUCUUCAUUUUAAUGGAUUCUACAAAAUCUAUCAAACUCUCUAACAAAAGAAAAACAGACCCUUUUAUCUUCUAGCCCAAAAUUAACUUUCCACCACUCUUCAUUUCAAAGCUCCUCUUAACCUUUGGUAUCGUCGAUUCAAUAUUGACGAUGAAAUUUCAGUUAAUUGUCAUUUACUGAUCUCAUCUUUUACAGAAUCAAUCUAUGAUGUUGAUCUUAUCCUAUUCUUAGUACCUUCUUUUGACCUGUCCUUUCUGCAGAGGAACAAGAUCUGAUGAGUCAUAUUUUUCGAUCGAUCAUAAUUCGGUAAUACAUAUUGUUAGUGUCAUCAAUCUUGUUGCAAAAGAUGGAUGAACAUGGAGGAGGAAGCAAGGUGACAGGUAUAAGGCAAAUUGUGAGACUUAAAGAGUUGUUACAUAAAUGGCAAAAUGUGACACUUAGUCCUAAAGGUACUCUUCAAUCAUCAAAUAUUGAUAGUAAUAAUGGCAAUUUUCAUGGAGGUAUAUCACCAGCUAUUACAAAGAGGCUAAAGAACUCCAUUAAUGUGUGUUGUGAUUCGGACGACGAGAGUUGCCAGAGUCCAGAGCCACCCCAUGGUGUUCCUAAAGGUUAUUUAGGAGUUUAUGUUGGACCGGAGCUUCGUAGGUUUAUAAUUCCUACAACUUACCUUAGUGAUCCUUUGUUCAAAGUGUUGUUGGAAAAAGUUGAAGAAGAAUUUGGAUUUGAUCAUACUGGUGGACUUACUAUACCUUGUGAGAUUGAGACUUUUAAGUACUUGUUGCAAUGCAUGGAGAGUCAUCAAAGAGGUCAUGGUGUUGAUCCUCAACAUGAUUCUUCUGGAUCUUCAUUGGCGAUUAAGGGGUGAUUAACUACAAUGGUCUUAGUGGUGGUUGAAUCUUUAGGGAUGUUUUUUUUUUCCUUAAUUCUUCUGGUGUUAAUUAAUUAAGCUAAGAUGAUCUUCAUGUAAUGUAGAUUUCAUAAUUCUUUUUUUUUCUCUCUCUUUUACUUCUACCUUUGUAUUCAAAGUUAAAAGUAACAAGGUUAGAUAUUUUUAACAAGGUUCAUUGGCAA